GAAAAUGCCCCCGGGGCCCGCGUACAACUGGUGCUGCGUGGCACACAGCGUGCUCGAGGUCCUCGGGCACGCCGCGCAAAUCCGCGCGACGCAGGCCGAGUUCGGUGCCACCCAGCUUCUGCGACGAGGAGCGCGUCAUGUGCCACGGCGUGCAGGCACAGACGUCAAGGCGUCGUCCGCCCUCGUCCUGAAGGGGACGGCGCCAGCUCGUAGGCAUGCUUCUGACAUCCAGGUCCGGGACGCGCCGACGUCCGAGAACUCGGUGCGAGGCGCGGCCAUGGACGCUUCUCUGGCCGAUAAAAUUGCGUACGUGCCUGUUCCUGGGGCUGCGAAUGCACGGGAGGAGCUCCCGUGGAUGGCUCCGGCACCCGCUUCGCAUGAAAAGUUGCAGACCUCGCCGAUAGUGAGACAGCAUGCGCCCGAAUUGUUGUCUACGGCUCGGAUACCGAGCCCGUCAAGACUAGAGUCAGACGCCAUACGGAUAAUGAAGCCUGUGAUAAAACAAGCUGAUAGCUCUCUUAUUUCUCUUGUGACCUCUGUAGCAGCACAGAGCCAGCUCAGACCGCCGAGUCUUCAGUCACGAUAGGUAUCCCAGAUGCACCCCUGAAUGUCACAGAACCUGUUACAAUGAGGAAAUUGCAGUCUUCGAAGGUCCCGUCGUCCCGCAUAGGACGUCUCUUCCACUACGGAGGUCAGUUUACUCGCAUUGCUUGUAUCAAUCUGCAGUUUAAAUACACUAAGGCAACUCAGACCAGCACACGUCACUCAUGAUGACUGAGGGUAACGUCAAACGUCUGGUAUCGAAGCUGACACAGAUGCGUGGUGCUGCUCUCAAGCUAGGCCAGUUCAUGAGCAUACAAGACAGCCAUGUCUUGCCUCCGGAAAUAGAAGACAUAUUCAGGCGCGUGCAGGACAGUGCGCAUUAUAUGCCUGACUGGCAGACGGAAGAAGUUAUGAAGUCUUCCCUUGGUCCCUCUUGGAUGAACCACUUUGCAUCGUUCGACAGGACACCCUUCGCGGCGGCAUCCAUUGGUCAAGUACACUCCGCCGUCCUCGCAGCUGCAUCCUCUCCUACUGGAAAGGAGGAGCCCGUGGCAGUGAAGAUCCAGUUUCCGAACAUCGUCAACUCCAUCGAGAGCGACCUCGGCUACGUCAGGUUGUUGCUAACGGCAGGAAAGCUUUUGCCGAAGGGGUUCUUCUUGGACAAGACAAUUGCAGUCAUGAAAGAAGAGCUCGCGGACGAAUGUGACUAUACGCGCGAAGCGUCUUUCCUGAAGAAGUUCGGCCAGCCAUCAUAUCUGGGAAGUGACCGGCGAUUCAAGGUGCCCUGGGUCUGGGAAGGCAGCACCGAGCGCGUGCUUGUUAUGGAGAUGGUCGAUGGCGUCAGUGUUGGUGGGAACGUAAUUGAGGGCAUGCCACAGGAGGAUCGCAAUAAGGUACAGUCAAUUCUGGUAAAAAUAGAGCAGAAUAAUGCUGAUUGGCGUGGCCAUGAAGAUUGCCACCGAAUCAUCGACCUCUGCCUGAAGGAGCUAUUCGUGUUCAGGACGAUGCAGACCGACCCCAACUGGACGAACUUCCUGUGGAGCAAAAGCACACGCAGAAUUGAACUUGUCGAUUUCGGGGCCACGCGUGAAUACUCGAAAGAGUUCAUCGGCAGCUGGCUCCGACUCUUACAGGCUGCAGCGUCCGACGACCGGCAGGCCUGCAUAGACCGGAGCCUGAAGGUCGGCUAUCUUACCGGCGAAGAGAACGAGCUCAUGCUCGAUGCACACGUCACGUCCAUGUCCCUACUCGCGACGCCGUUCAAGGCGCACACGCCGCAGCCGUUCGCGUCCGGACCCCGCUCGAGCUGGGCGGACAUCACGGCGCAAAUCCGCGCACAGAUCCCGGUUAUGCUGCAGCAUAGGCUGACGGCCCCGCCGAGGGAGACGUACAGCCUCAAUCGAUGCGUUUGUGGGUCGUACAGCUGAGCUCGUCUUGACGCAAGAGUGGACGCCAAGAAGCUUUGGGACGAUGUUGUGAGACGGUAUCGGUUCUAGGUUAGAUGGCUCAGUCGUGUGUGCGAUACAUAUGGCCGGGCAUAUUGAUUUUUAGGACGCCAGCAGAUGAGAGAUGCGCUUCAGAUUGCUUCGCUUACACUCGCUCUUCGGUCGCCCAGGGUUUGUUGAAUAGAAAUGCUAACUUUUUGUAUUUCCGAGCAUGGUCGUGAACGCCCAAGUGCCCAUAAUUUUGGCUCCUUCGUCCGGAACCAUGGCAUGCCCAG